UAUAAGUCCAUCAAUUUGGCUGCCUGCAUGAAGGAGAAUUUCCAAGAUGAACUUGAGUCGUUGGACUUCAGAACUAAAGCCGAAGAGGGACGCAUGGAAAUCAACAACUGGAUUGCAAAUGUAACAUGCAACGAAAUCCCCGAAAUAUUAAAUCCCUGUGAUGUUACCUCCGACAGUCAAAUGGUUUUGGCUAAUGCUGCCUAUUUCAAGGUUCAAUGGUCGGAUAAAUUCGAUUCCAAAGAUACAAAACAUGAGGAAUUGGUACCGAUUCUACGCAAAUUGGGCAUCAACAAUCUGUUCGAGCAUACUGCCAACUUGAGUGGCUUCUCCACGGAAACAAGCCUGAUGUUUGGUGAUGCCAAACAUGUCGCCAAAAUCAAGGUUGAUGAGGAGGGCAGUACUGCUGCAGCAGCCACAGUUGUUUAAAGUUU